AUGAGCGAGCCCACUCCUAACUAUGGAAAAAAUUUACUCGAGCUAUUUUUGCUGCAGUUCCGGGCAAUGGGAAUCUCGGACAAACUGUUGAACGAGUUGUUUUUGGAGAAAGGUAUUUGCUCCGGAACCGAACUGCUCGCAAAGUUGGGAAUUACGCUGCAACUUGAGGAAGCGCCUGGUGGAUCAGAAAUACAUUCUGCGGCUGCAACGUCGGAGGUACAGGGGCAAAAAGCCCAGCCUAUACCUGAAAAGCCUGAAAAGCGCCAAAAGAGCCGUUCAAAAAAGAAUGUUGCGGAUACGGCACGGGAAGAAAAAAUCUGCCGGAAUAGACGGGAGAAAGAGCUUCAACCCUUUGUAAUGAAGCUAACGAAGCCGGAUCCGGGGGAAGAGUGGGAAAAUCCGCUUCUAACGGUGUCAGAAAAAUCGGUUCCCAUAAAUAAGCCGACACUAAAGUCACUCAGUCUUUACGAGGAUCACGAUUUUAAGGUGCGAAAUCGGCUGGGAAAGGCGAUAAAGAAGUUAGCCCAGGAUCCGAAGAAUGAGGGAGCUUUUGAUAAGACAGAGCCGCCACAAACAAAACUUGUCGAUGAAGGAAAUCACCAAGCGGUGCUUGAGCAGGAGCCUUUAGAAAAACAAGAGGCUGAAGCUCAAGACACCACUGCAAAAAUCGCGAAACCCGAAAAGGCAAAAGCUGCGAUAGAUGUUCUGCUAAGGCCCGAAGAACCAGAAAUCCCUAAGUUAACAUCGAAAGAAUCAUUGCCAGAGGAUCUCGAAAAAAUUCCCUUGCCGCAAACGCCCGGCAAUUCCCUUGACGAAAUUUCUGGCGUAAGGGGCCCCGAAGAAGCUGUGAAUUGUGAUUUAGCAGAGGAAAUCAAUAUAGCUAUUGUGCCAGAUGCCUUACCAGAGCAAAACCCCGAGUUUUCAGUUGAGCACGAACUAGCCUCGCCUAGACCAAAGAAGAGAUUGGAGCUACAAGAAAAGUGUAGCCCAGUUUCCGGCACAGAUCCGGAAACUUUUGGUAAAGAAAUUGAUACAACUACCGAAUUCGCUACGAAUAUUCCGGAUACUGCGCCAGAACCUACUGAGGAAGUGCUGAAUACAGGAGCUGAUCAGGAAGAUGCGGAAAAAAUUUCAGAAAAUGACGCGGAGCCAAAAGAAGCAGUUUCGCCAAAUCAAGCAAUUGGGAGUCAAAAUGGGCUCCAAUUAACUGCUGACGAAACGGACGAGGACAUAUCAGAAUUCCGGUCUAGUAAACUAGAGUUAAUGGCAGAAGACCGAGAAGACAUGGGGCCCCAGAAAUGUCACACGGCCUCGAAUAGCGAAAGCGACGAUCGGGUGAUCAUGAAUGCGCCUGGGUACGAUAGGAAUGGAAAUCCGAUAGAGGGAUAUGUGGAAAGUCACGCAGAUGAAGGCACCCCAAAACAGAAUAAAAGACAGAAAACCGAGUCUCCUGGCACGGCAGUUGAAGCCUGCACUUCGGAAAAGACCUCGGACAAGCUACAGGACCAUGCUGCGAUCAUGCAAAAAGCCAAAAGCUCUAAGCCCGAGGCCAAGCAUCAAGCAAGCCGUAAAAGAUGCAGAAAAGAGCCCGCUGACCCCUUUACAACUAUUGAGCAGCUUUUCUUGAAAAUGUCUAACGACUUCAAGAUCCCGAAGAAGAAGCCAGCGCCUGUGGCCUCCAACCCGCCCUCGCUUGCCGAAUUCGCGCAAAACGGAGGCGAAGCUCAAUCAGCGGCAAGAGAAAUGCUAAUGGAUAUUUCCGAAAGCGACGGCGAAUCACCGGGAGAGCACAACCAAGGCUCUCUAGGAGAUCCCACACACGAAGACCAUAGCGCAGAGUGGAGACAUCCGCGGGCCGACGAGACGAGCCCGGGCAACCCUCAUGUUUCUGGUUCUUCAACCGAAGAGCCAGAUCACGCGCUUGAAAACAGGGUGCAAAUUCAGAUCGCCAUGUUGCAGCAUGAGCAGCUUUGGGCGCAAAUGUUCCAGCAGUUGCCGCAGCACUACCCAAUGAUGCACCAACCGGCUAUGCCGUAUCCGACUCAACCCGGUAGCAAAACCGUCACAAAGAAGGGUCUUUUUACAGCUUUCGAAGGUCAGCCCCCCGACCCGUCGCCGCUCGGCGAGCUCUACUAUCCUGGGGCUGCGGCAAAAAGCGCCCCAAGUUACGAUCAUAACUACCAGUAUCCGGGCAUGGGAUGGCCAACGGGAAGCUUUCAGCCAGGCCAAAACUUUUACAACUACGGCGGAGGCUAU